GUUCUGUUGUGUUCCUCCUAAUCCUAUUAAAACCUUAUUGCCACGCAAACCAAAUCCUAAAACCACUCUCUCUCUCUCUCUCUCUCAUGGCUCUCUGUUCUCUCCGAUUUCUGACCCUCCUCCUCCUCUUCUCCGCCGUACCCAUCGGAAUCAUCGUGACGUUGGAGCGAGCCGAACCCGCCACCCAUGUCUACCACUACCAGAGUUCUGGGUGGUUCAGAGAAUGCUCCAAGUGGGACUCUGGCCAUCGCCGCUUCUUAAUUUCUUUGUUCGAAGGUGGUCUCGCUCAGGCCAAGGUGCCGGAGAACGACCCUCACCCGUCGUCGCCCUUGGAGGAAGUCACCGUCGUUAAAGAACCCCAUUUGGCCGGAAACGCCUCUCUGGGGAUCGCCAUUGACCACCCCAGAAAUCGAGUUCUAGUGGUUAACGCUGACGUCAUUGGUAAUCGAUACGGUGCGCUCGCAGCAUACGAUCUCUCCACCUGGAAUCGCCUCUUCUUAACCCAACUCACUGGUCCUAGUGACGAGAAAUCUUUCGCAGAUGAUGUUGCAGUGGAUGCAGAAGGCAAUGCCUAUGUUACAGAUGUUAGAGGCAGUAAAAUCUGGAAAGUUGGGGUGGAAGGCAAGCUUUUAUCCAUCAUCAGAAACCCAUUGUUUACACCAAAGGAGUGGUAUAAGAACUUGGUUGGACUAAAUGGAAUAGUUUACCACCCAGAUGGGUUCCUGAUAGUGAUUCACACUUUCAGUGGCAAUUUGUUGAAGAUUGAUUUAACAAAAGGAGAGGAAGUGAAGGCAAUAAAGGUAAAGGGAGGGACCCUUUGUUUUGGAGAUGGUUUGGAACUGUUGUCUCCUACUAAGUUGGUAGUAGCGGGGAACCCUUCAGCGAGAUUAGUGGAAAGCUCUGAUGGGUGGAACACAGGUUCUGUUGUGGGAACAUUCUUAGGACCUAUGCAUCGCUUAGCCACAGCAGCAACUGUGAAGGAUGGGAAGGUGUAUUUGAACCAUAUGGUUGGAAUGGGAUACCCCAAAAAGAAGCAUGCGAUUGUUGAGGCAGUUUUUUGAUUCAUACUCUCUAGAAAUCGAAACAAUUAAUAGGGAUUGAGGUUUACAGGAGGUUUGGUUGAAAGUUGGUGUACUUUUGUAUGUUUGGUUUUGUUUAGUUACAUUACUUGUGUCGAUGGUUUUCCCUUGAAUAUCAACCUAGCAUAAGAUGCUCGACUAAGUUACCCCUGUUAUGUUGGGUACAUCCAAA